GGUGGUGCGCUCGCGCGCGGGAUGUGAGGCCGGCCGGGCCGCAGCGCGCACGGACGCUCGGACGGGCGAGGGGCGGCGACCCCUCGCGGACGGACGGCCGCGCGCCGGGCCGCGGACCCGCUCUCGCGCUCGCCCUCGCGCGCCCCGCGCCCCCCAGCGCGCCGGCGGGACCAUGAAGAAGUUCUCGCGGAUGCCCAAGUCGGAGGGCGGCGGCGGCGGCGCGGCGGGGGGCUCGGCCGGCGGGCCCGGGGCCGGCUCCGGCGGCGGCUCGUCCGUGGGUGUCCGCGUGUUCGCCGUGGGCCGCUACCAGGUCACCCUGGAGGAGUCGCUGGCCGAAGGUGGUUUCUCCACGGUUUUCCUGGUGCGGACACAUGGUGGAAUCCGCCAUGCAUUGAAACGAAUGUAUGUGAAUAGCAUGCCAGACCUCAACAUUUGUAAAAGGGAAAUUACGAUUAUGAAAGAGCUGUCUGGUCACAAAAAUAUUGUGAGUUAUUUGGACUGUGCUGUUAAUUCAAUUAGUGAUAAUGUAUGGGAAGUGCUUAUCUUAAUGGAAUAUUGUCGAGCUGGGCAGGUAGUCAAUCAGAUGAAUAAGAAGCUGCAGACAGGUUUUACGGAGGCGGAAGUGUUGCAGAUACUCUGUGAUACCUGCGAAGCUGUCGCAAGAUUGCAUCAGUGCAAGACUCCAAUAAUUCACCGGGAUCUGAAGGUAGAAAAUAUUUUGUUGAAUGAUAGUGGAAACUAUGUACUUUGUGACUUUGGCAGUGCCACGAAUAAAUUUCUUAAUCCGCAAAAAGAUGGAGUUAAUCUAGUAGAAGAAGAAAUUAAAAAGUAUACAACUCUGUCAUACAGAGCCCCUGAAAUGAUCAACCUUUAUGGAGGGAAACCCAUCACCACCAAGGCUGAUAUCUGGGCGCUGGGGUGUUUACUGUAUAAACUUUGUUUCUUCACUCUUCCUUUUGGUGAGAGUCAGGUUGCUAUCUGUGAUGGCAGCUUCACCAUCCCAGACAAUUCUCGCUACUCCCAGAAUAUACAUUGCUUAAUAAGGUUCAUGCUGGAACCAGAUCCAGAGCGCAGACCUGACAUAUUUCAAGUGUCCUAUUUUGCAUUUAAAUUUGCCAAAAAGGAUUGUCCGGUUUCCAACAUCAAUAAUUCUUCUGUUCCUUCCACUCUUCCUGAACCGAUGACUGCUAGUGAAGCAGCUUCUAGGAAAAGCCAAAUAAAAGCCAGAAUAACAGAUACCAUUGGACCAACAGAAACCUCAAUUGCACCAAGACAGAGACCAAAGGCCAACUCCACUACUGCCACACCCAGUGUGCUGACCAUUCAGAGUUCAGCAACACCUGUUAAAGUCCCUGCUCCUGGUGAAUUUGGGAACCACAGACCAAAAGGAGCCCUGAGACCCGGCCGUGGCCCCGAGCUCGCGCUGGGUCAGGGGCCCCCGCAGCAGCCCCCGCAGCAGCACCGCGUCCUGCAGCAGUUGCAGCAGGGAGACUGGAGACUGCAGCAGCUUCAGCUCCAGCACCGGCCGCAGCCGCCGCCGCUCCUCCAGGACGCCUACGGGCAGCAGUAUCAGCACACAGUGCAGCAGCAGCAGAUGCUCCAGCAGCAGGUUUUGCUGCAUUCCGUGUAUCAGCCGCAACCUUCUGCAUCACAGUAUCCUGCAAUGGUGCAGCAGUACCAGCAGGCUCUCCUGCAGCAGAUGCUAGCGCAGCGUCCGCAGCCCCAGCCCCAGGCUUCACCCGAGUUUCUCACGUCCCCUCAGGAGUUCCCGUCCGCCUUAGUUUCCUACACUUCUUCCCUCCCAGCUCAGGUUGGAACCGUAGUGGACUCCUCUUAUAGUGCCAACAGGUCAGUUGCUGAUAAAGAGGCAGUUGCACAUCUUACAAGUCAGAGGAGCGUCAGUAACCCACCUGACAUGUCGGGGUGGAACCCUUUCGGAGACGAUAAUUUCUCCAAGUUAACGGAAGAGGAACUGUUGGACAGAGAAUUUGACCUUCUGAGAUCAAACAGGCUCGAGGAGAGAGCACCCCCAGAUAAGAAUGUAGACCCACUUUCCGCUCCACAUACCCGUCCUCCGGAAGAUCCUUUUGGUUCUCUUCCUUUCAUUUCUCACUCAGGUUCCCCGGAGAAGAAAACGGACCGUUCAUCCGUGGGUGGAGAAGACGGCCCCGCGGACCCGACCAGCAACAGACGAGCAAGUCCGGUGGCUGAGGACCAGCGGGCUGGGAAGAAAAGCGCAGAGAGCCCGUCGGUGCGGGGUCAGGUGCAGCGGCGGACCGAGGAGUCCGACAGCGACUUUGAGUCGGACCCGCCUUCUCCUAAGAGCAGCGAGGAGGACGAGCAGGAGGACGAAGAGGUCCUCCAGGGCGAACAAGGCGAUUUUAACGACGAUGACACGGAGCCGGAGAACCUGGGUCACCGGCCUCUGCUCAUGGACUCGGACGAGGACGACGACGAGAAGCGCAGCUCCGACUCUGACGACGAGCGCGCCGAGGUGCGGGGCGGCCGCGGAGCCGCACUCGUCGGCCGCGGCCCGUCGCCCCCGGACGGGGCCGCGGACGCCGCGAGGCCGGAGGUGGACGUGUUCGGCGCCGUCCCCUUCCUCGCGGUGCGCGCCGGGCAGCCGCGCCAGGGCCCGCGCGAGGAGCCGCGCCCGCAGGACGCCGGCCCCGCCGCGCGCCCCGAGCCCGAGGAGCCCGACGUGUUCACGAAGGCGCCGUUCGGCCGCCGGGGGGGCGAGGAGGACGGCCCCGGCCGCCCGCGGAGCGUGGACGCGUUCGGCGCGACGCCCUUCCAGCCGGUCCCCGCGCCCGUGGGCGGCAGCGGCGGCCGCGAGGACCUGUUCGGGCUCGUGCCGUUCGAGGAGCUCGCGGGGGCCCCGCCGCCCCGGGCCAAGACGCGCGGCCUGCAGAAGCUGUCGUCCCGCCAGCGGCGCCCCAAGCCCGACGCGGCCAGGGCCAACGGCAAGCGGCACCACGGCGCGGCCGCCGCCGCCAGGAAGCCCGCCAAGCCCGCCUUCCGCACCCCCGAGCGCGUGCGCCGGCCCCGCAGGGCGGGCCGCCGCGACUCCCAGAGCAGCAACGAGUUCCUGACCAUCUCGGACUCCAAGGAGAACAUCAGCGUGGCCAUGCCCGAUGGCAGGGACCGGGGCGGCGGCCUGCAGCCCGAGGACAGCCUGCUGGACCCCUUCGGCGCCAAGCCCUUCCGUCCGCCCGAGCUGCCCUGGCUCCCCCCGCACCACCCGCCGCACCCGGGCCUGAGCGACCCGCGGGCCGACCACGGCCCCGUCCUGCCCGGGCGGCCCAGGGCGAGCUCGCGGCCCGGCGCGCUGCACAGCCCCGAGGCGCUGCGGACGGACGACUUCGGCGCGGUGCCCUUCACCGAGCUGGUGCUGCGGGGCGCGCCGGCCGAGCUGGACCCGUUCGGGGCCGCGCCGUUCCCCUCCAAGCAGUAGCGGCCCGGACGCCCGUCGCCAGAGCGUGAGUAGUUGUGUGAAUCCGCGAGAAAACGCGUCUGUCCGUGUGCCACUCGUCCCCAGCCCGUCGGAACAGGCCGUUUUCGAUCAACCAAAUGGAGAGAGGAAGGCUCCGCGCAGGGCAGGGGCGCCCGGCAUGCAGGGACGGCGCGGGCCACCUCUGCAGCCAUGUCGCCCCGGGGCCGGCCUGGACAGUCCCUCGCCUCCGAGCGGCGCGUCCCUGGGUGUGCGCGCUCCGGGCUCCUGGCACGAUCCGGCCGUGAAGACCGAGCGCGUCGGUCCGAGCACCAGCCGCGCUCGCGGAGCUUUCAGUGUCUCCCCGCCGCACGCGGUGUAGACCCUGGUUCUCCUGGAGAAGCGCUGAGCUCCGGUCUGCGGGGAGCGGAGGUGCCAGAGCGACGGACUGAGGCGCCUCGGACGGUCGCAUUUUCCAAGACAAGUGCCAUUAGGAUGGAGCACCCCGCGGGCGUCCCCGACAAGACCGGGGGACACGGGACGCGCACGGGGUCCAGGAGAGAGACCGGGAACGUCAGGGACACUCUGGUUCCCGAAUGGCUUCUUGCUCCCAGUGUUGCCGUCGUGCCCGGAAUAAAGCAGAUCGUUGGGAAAACGGGGAGUGAGGACAGGGUUGUAGGGGAACUGUGCUCCAGGACAAACACAUGUAGCCGAAACCCUGAGUUUUUGAGCCGUUUACAACAUAAAAUCGUGUUGCAUCGAGUAACGGACUUUACUAAAGUACCACCUUCCCGGGAUGUCCCCGAGUCACGAGCAGCAGCUCCCCGGCUAGGUUCGGGCGGGGAGUGUGUUCCUGCAGCGCGCGGACCAGUGGAACCCACGAAGCCUUACGGGCAGGACCCCGCGUCCUGCCGCAAGUACCUCUGCCCCGACCCAGCGGACCCUCGGGCGGCUCCACGGGGUCCGCCGGCGAGGAGCGAGCCUCUCACUUCUCCGGGCUGACGCGUCCGUCUCCGGUGACAAGAGAACCCAGCUACCAAAUUGCCUUUUUUUUUUUUUUUUUAACACCCCAAAUCCUAAUUAGAAACUUGAGAUUUUAUAGAAAUUGUUUAAUAAGAUAGAAAUUACUAUAUGAAUUAAUGUGAAUCCAGUAUCUGUGCUUCCUGUGUCUCUGGUUAUUUUAAGUUAUAAUUAACUGUUCUUCCCUAUCAACAUUUAGAAGUUUCUAGAACUGUUAAAGCUAUUUACAAAAAGUGGUGGAAACUAAUUAACUGGCACUCUUAUUGUUUGCUAUACCUUAGACGAACUUUCUUUGAACCCAAUUAAAGUCUAUUUUAUGAGUAAUCUUAUUAGAAUCUCUUUAAUUUUAUAGUGCCCCAAAUGGGAUGAGCUGUUUGCCUGUUUUCAGUUCUAAACUUGGAAAGAAGCAAAGUAUAUGUGACUAAACUAUAUAUUCAUGUUUAUUGUUUUUUUCUUUGAUGUUUGAAAUCAGAUAUAAAUUUGUGGACAAAUAGGGAAGCAAUAUGUGAAUCACAGUGUAGCAGAGGCAGACCAAGCAUUGUGUUACUGCUUAAGAAUCGUAUUUUUAGAGCCCUGACUGCACCAAUUACUUGUCCUUGUGCCAAAGGCAAAUAUUAUGUUUGCACCUUCCCCCCCGCCCCCCCCUCCCCGAUUCUCAGGUUGAUUAAUACUGCUAAUGCAAAUGCUCAAGUCGAUAUUUUUCAAAACUUUACAAGGUAGACUCAAGUGAUACUUUUCUUUCAUUUAGUAAAUUCAUGAACUAUAUAUAGUAGGUUUGUAUCAAACAGAUUUUUUUUUUUUUUUAAUGAAAAUUUGUUGGUUGAUGUGUACACAGUAUGUUGACUAUUUUAGUCCUCGGCCUUGGUCUCUGCUAGACCUCAUGAGUUUCUUAAUUUAAAAGAGGUAGUAGAUGAAUUAAUGGUCUCCUUGGGAUGUAAACAUGAAAUACUUAGAUUGUGUCUGAUACCAAGGCCUUGCUUACACUUGCUUUUCAAUACACUGAACAAUUGUAAGUGAUUUAGACACUGAUGUAGACACUUCGGGCUUACAAAGUUGGAUGGAUUCUAAGGAAGCAGUUUUGACAUGGUUUAAAAUAUUCCCGUCCUUGUGUUUCUUGUAUCACAGCCCAGUGACUUUCCUCUCUUGAGAUUGUAGCUCAGAGGAACUAUUAGGAUUCAACAGGUGACCUAACUAGAUAGAAAUGGGGAGAUUCCUGUGUGCUGAUGUAAAGGCAUUUUCCAAGGACUAUAGGAUUUGGGUUGCUUUCCAUUUUUCAUUAUCUCCUCCCACUACUGUUAGGAUAUAGGCCACUCAAGCAAUGCCCAGGUGAUUCCCUUAUGCGAGUUGGCAGACUGGAGCUCCCAAGGCACGGCAAAGAGCCUAACCCAUACUUGGGACGCAGGUUUCAGUAAACGUUUGAUACUGUUAUGGGAUGGCCCAAUUCUCGUUUAAGGAAGGAAAGUUGAAAUUAUUUUUCCUGUUAUUAAUCAGGUGUUCUCUGUGCUUUUGUACGUAGUCCUAACAACCUGUAAUACUUGAACAUCACUAAGGGAAGUAAAUUAUGAAACUAGCAAAAAUCUGAGGCCAAAGUUAUUUCUGUCCUAACAGCUUUAAUAAUGCUUAUUGAUUUUGAAUAAUCGUUGUUUAAAAGUGGACCAUUCAGUUAACUUUUUAAAUGUCACUUCAGCACAACUGUGUUUAAAAGAUCAGCUUUUAUGGCACUGAAGAAUGUAUCUGCUGAGACAUGGAAGUUGCUUGGUGUAUGUAUUAGGUAGAGGAAGAAGGGUUUUAGGCCGGAUGAAAAGUUAACUAUUUAUUCAGAAGUAUCGAUUGGGAAAUUCAGAAGACCCACGCCCUCCCUGCAUGUGUAUUUGGGCGCAGUUAUGAUAUAUAUUCCUUAUUUGGAAUUGUAGACAGAUACACCUUCUGAUCCCAGCCGUUUAUUAUUUUAACAGUGAUAGAUUGUUGUCUUCCUGCGGCUAGUGGAGAAGAGUCAGGUGGAACCCCUCUUCUGCUCUGAUGUUCAUCAGGCAGAGCCAUUUUCUGCUUAGUUCAAGUUUUGGUACUUCAUAUAAGCAUUGCUAGAAGGUACACACAUGUAUUAGUAUCACUUAUUCUGAGGAGUUUGGUACAUUUUUUUAAUAUGUGUAGAAUGUGCAGUAAACUUUUUCUUCCUUUUAGCAAAUUCACUCAUCAUUGUUAGGUCUGAUACUGAGCUGACAGAUCUACUGUGACAAUGAGAUGACAUAUCUACUGUGAGAAUAAAAAUUAUGUUUGAAAACUUUUAUGCACCAGGGUGUUUAUAUAUUGAGGAAACUAUAUAAACACACACAUGCAUGCAAAUGUCACAUCUCUCUACUGUGGAGUUAAUGUGAAUUUUUAAUUUUAAAUGGAAUUGCAACCACAAUCAUUACUAAAAGAACAUUCACUCCUAGGGAGGUUUUACAAAAGCCACUCAAAGAAUGAGGUAGAUGAAAAUGCAAUGGGUUGUCAUUUGGGGUUAUUUUUAUUUAAAAAUUGUGCUACUUUUGAAAAUUGUUUUUAUUACUACUCUCUUUUUGUGAUUGAAAGGUCAUCUAAUAGUAAGUAGUAUAGUAAUAGGAAGCUACUUUUUAAAUUGCUGGCAAACAGCUUUAAGUGCACUUUCUUUGAUUACACUUCCAUUUUUUGUUAAACUUGAAUUUUCUGAAGCCUUUUAUGUACCACUAAGCAAAUAACUUUAACUUUUAAUAAACCUGAUUUACAUGUUUAUUAUAUUUCUAAAGUAACUUCAGUCCUCAAAUCUAGCUGGGAAACUGUUUAUGAGAUAGAAUCAGUUGAUUUUUUUUUCUUUCUACAUCUAAUUAAGCACUAACUGAUUUUACUACUUUAUUGCCUUUACAUUGCUUAUUAUUGACUGAAUUCUGUCCCUCAUUCACUUUGUUUUGUUUGAAAUUUAAAAUUAUUUUCUUACUGUAUUUAUCAUACCUACUGUUUUAAUAAUCUGCUUUCUUUAAAUGCAAUAAAUCCCAAAUGGAUGGCAUAUUCUUUGUAA